AUGGAAAUGAGGAGAAAUACAAUGAAGCUGCUGUGGCUGUUUAUGUUAUUCUGUGAUACUGUGCCAUUCAGCUAUGAGAAAUCUAUGGAGAGAGAGAGAGCUAUCAAGCUGAUGUGAGAUGCACCUUAAAUCGAUGGCCACAAUGACUUUGUACUGCAGCUGAGAAUUUUUUACCAACAUAGACUCGCUAGAGUUAACUUAAGAGAACUCAAUAAGAAACACACAAACCUUGCAAAACUUCAGGCUGGUUAUGUGGGAGCUCGGUUUCGGUCAGUGUGUGUUCUUUGCAGCUCUCAGAACAAGGAUGCUGUGCAUCUGAGUUUAGAACAAAUUCAUGUUGUCAAGGGGAUGUGUAACAGCUAUGAAGAGCUUGAACUUGUGACAACUUCCCAAGGUAUCUCUGACAGUAGCAGGAUUGCAUUUUUGAUUGGAAUAGAAGGUGGUCACUCCACUGACAGCAUUUUCUUUGAUAAAAAGAACAAGGGAAUUAUCAUGGUGACUUUUAAGGCAGAUGUACUGGCCUGUGACAGAAAAGUUGUUAAUGUUUCUACCCUUGGAGAUCAUUUUGACCAUAUAAAGAAAACUGCAGGUUCAGAAUCAAUAGGAAUUGUUGGUGACUAUGAUGUAGUAAAGUGUUUCCCUGAAGGACUGAAGGAAGAUGUUUCCAAAUACCCUUCUUUGAUUGAGGAACUUCUUAGAAGAGGAUGGAAUGAAACUUAACUGAAAGGGGUUGUAAGAGAGAACUUUAUUCAUGUCUUCAGGGAAGUGGAAAAUUUAAGAAACAUUAAUGGGCUAAUGGAUGUAGGUGAAAGUGACAUUCUUCAAGAAGUACAAAAUUCCUGUCGCCUGGACCUACAGAAUUAUCAGCUUCAGACAAACAGAUCCUUUGGAUUUCCUUCUGUGGCCCAACCUUUUAUUCUUAUACUUGUAAUUGCAUCAUGUUUAACACUGUAUCAUGAAUGGUAA